AUGAACACUGGUAACUUCAUGUUGCCAAACAUGGCAUCACAUAUGGGAUACUAUAACAACCAGAUGAACAAUGCGCUCUAUGGUCACCAUCAGCUGCCAAACAUAAUGGACAUCAACAAUAUGCAUGUGCCUGGCAUGGCCCCAACAGGCAUCCUCUCACCAACGUCAUCGCCAAUCAAUUCAUUGCCACCCCUCUCACUCCCUUCGCAUCAGAGUUCACUGACUCUGCAGCAGCAGCAACAACAACAUCAUCAGCAGCAACAACACCAUCACCAGCAGCAGCAACAUCAACAUCAACAACAGCAGCACCACCAGCAACAGCAACACCAUCAUCACCUCCAGCAGCAGCAACAACAUGACCAGACCAUUGCAUCUCUCGUCAAUCUGAGCAGUCAGCAACAGCAACAACAUCAUCACCAUCAGCAGCAGCAGCAGCAUCAACAACACCUCCAGAGCUCAGUCUCCUCGGUGCCAUCGCAGGGCAGCAUAUCACAGACACCUUCGUCCUCAGACUCGAUGCCAUCGCCCGUGUAUGACAUGGGUGAGCAAGCUUUACAACACAGCGUCGGCAUGGGUGCGCUGCACCACCAGCUGGAAACAACCCAGACCAGCAGCAACAGCAACACGGCCGGCGUAGAGAAUGGCCUGCCACUCGAUUCACCACAGGUCAAGCCAGCGUCAUCCAAGAAAAGCUCGUCAUCGUCGUCGUCGUCGUCCAAGAAGAAGGCCAAGACAUUCAGUCCGUUCGAGGGCUCGCUCAACUCGUUGACCAAGGAGCAGCUGGUCGCGCUCUGCUCGCACUACUUCCACACGAUGCAUCCCGAUCUGCUGCAGGAGUUUGAGAAUGUGAUGCCGCCACCCGACCUGCACGAGGUCAUGGACGAGCUUGACACGCUCCAGAAGAAGUACAACAAGCUGUUCCCCAACAACAAGUUUGACUUUGACAACAACUCGUACAACCGCGUCAAGAGCGGCCUCAACAACUUCAAGAAGCAGCUCGUGGAGAAUGGCGAGGAGUUCAAGGAGAAGUCGGCAUGGUCCACGCUGCUCCAGUACGUCAUCCAGGCGCUGCCAUACGCGAUCCGUAUGCCACAGUGGGACGACGACAAGAACAACGCGAGCAGAGUGGCCGCCAUCGCCAAGAUGGACUUGUUUGGCAAGUCGGCCGUCAAGGGACUGCUGUCGAACGACCUGCCCUUGGAGAAGUGGGAGCGCCAUCGUCUCAGUCUACUGCCAUACUCGUCACAUCUGACCAACACAAUCGAGGAGCUGAACAAAUCAAUUGAGAAGCGCAAGAAGAAGGAGGAGCGCUUUGAGAAGACAGUCAAGAAGAGAAAGGUCAAGGCAUAA